AUGAUGGCGGCGUCGAAUUGCACGACGGCGUUUUGUAUGCAAUUUUUGGCGCAAUUGGCGAAUGUUGUUGUUGAUAAUAAUCAUCAUCAUCACAGUGCACAUUCAUCAAUUCGUUAUCGUCCAACAGGUCCUUCAGCUCCCGCUAUCAGUCCACUUCGUUUCAAUUCCUAUUCCUCAAUUGGUUCAAAUAUCCAUGGUUUAAAUUCUUUAAUGUUGCAUCCUGGAUCAAUCGAACCACCACUAACACCAGGAAAUUAUCGAUUAUAUAGCAUGCGAUUCUGUCCGUACGCCCAACGAGUUUUGAUCUAUUUAACCAAGAAAAAUAUACCUGUAGAAGUUGUUAAUGUGAAUCCGGAUCGUAGUCCAAAUUGGUAUUUGGCGAAAUCACCACUUGGAAGAGUUCCAGCACUUGAAAUUAAUGGAAAAGUUGUUUGGGAAUCGAAUGUUAUUGUUGAAUAUUUGGAUGAAUUGUUCCCUUCGAAUAGUAUUUUGCCAAGAGAUGCGUAUGAAAAAGCGCAUCAGAAGAUUCUUGUUGAAAGAUUAUCACCAGUGAGUUUUUGAGAAUGAGAUUUGGGAGAGAGUGGGCAUUUUAAAUUAGAAAAUAAUUCAGUUUUUUUUCUGAACGAUGUUCGGAAGAGCACAAUAAUGACCCAAGCCAUAAAUGUUCAAAAAAAACAGUUGUUUAACACUUCUGACAUUUGUAUCACUAUUCGGCUCUUCGGAGAGUCGUUCAGCAAAAACUGAAAAUAUAUCACAUACUUAUCUCGUUAGAAAAUCAAAUGAAAGAUUGAAAGAAUCAAUCGACAGAAUGAAUUUUGAAAACUUAGAAAAACAAAACAAAAAUCAAAAAAUAAUAUUUGCAGCUAAUGAAUGCGUUGUUCGAAUUCUACUCAUCAUCCAGCAAUCACAAUGCUCAACGUCAAAACGACGCCAACGUUCAUUCGGCAUUGAGAAACGCCGAGAAUCUGCUACGCGACACAUUUUAUGGCGGACGUCAACCAGGUUUCGCCGACUAUCUUAUUUGGCCAUUUAUUGAACGUCUUCAAUUAUUAACUUUGACUCAAACUAGCACACAAUUUCGAUAUUUUCCCGGGCUACACUAUCCAAAAAUGGGUGCUUAUAUUGCGAGAAUGCAAAAUCAGCCAGAGAUUAAAUUCACAUCUCGACCAUUAUCGCAUCACAAAGCCUAUAUGGACAGUUUUUCCACCGGUAUGCCCAAUUAUGAUUUUGGCAUUUUUAAUUGAUCUCGUCCUAAUAUAUUAAUUAAUUUACUAAUUUACUAACUUAAUAUGAGAAACUAUAAAUAAAUAUUUCGAUUCAAAAUGAAUUUUCAUUAUUUUUUAGGCGAAAAAAAAAAUAAAAUCAAUAAAUACACAGUACUGUAGCUGAAAAUAUGUGCAUUUGCGCGUGACGGUGUUUUGUCUGAUUCUCCACGAUUUGUGCGCUCUCUCGCUCUCUCCCGCUCAUUUUAAUUUUCUGUUUUUUUGUUUUUCGCCAAAAUCAUUUUUCGAAAUCAAUCGAACUAUGAAGGUUAAUGAAAAAAGUUACAGGAAUAUGCCAAAUCACAUCGAUUCAGCUGAAAUUGCAAGUCUCAAACAAGAAAUAGCUGAAAUGUAUAAAACUCUCAAACUUCAAAGAGAGCCUAUUUCGAAAUGCACGAAAGAUUUGAUUGCGUGAGUUUUUCAUUAUUUUUCAAAAACAACAAUCUGGUUAGAAACUGAACUGUUUUUUAUAGAUAUUGUGACGAUCAUCUCAAAGAAGACUUUAUUGUCAAAACAAUGAUUCAAUCUCCCGACUUACCAGCAAAUCCUUAUAUACCUCGCAAAUGCAAUCUUAUUUGA